AUGGGUGCCCCACUGAGAUACGUUGUUCUAGACCCAGAUGGUUUGCCUACUCCUCCACCCGGCCGCCGUAACAUCCCGCGUUACCAUGAACACGACCACCACCACUCCAGCGGAUACGGUUGCAUGAAGUGCUUCUGCUGCUGCUGUUGCUUCAUCUUCUUCGUCAUCCUCCUCAUUUGCGCCACCCUUGGUUUUCUCGUCUUCUUCCUGAACCCUCAACUUCCAGUCUACACAGUUGAUAACGUCAGUGUCACCAAAUUCGAUACCCAACACGGGAAUAAGGUCUACACCGAACUCAACGUUGUUCUGAAAGCACAGAAUCCAAACGAAGAGAUUUCCCUUGGAUAUGGGGAGAAGAGUUCGGUGAUCAUUUUGUAUUCUAAUAACCAGCUCUGUAGUGGACAAAUCCCAAGUUUCCAACAACCUCCGAAGAACACCUCGAUGAUGAACGUGGAGUUGAAAGGUGAGAGUGAUUUUGAUUCACAGACUCAACAAGACUUGUUGCAGGAUCAGAAGGAAAAUAAGAUUCCCUUGGAUGUAAAAGUGAAUGUUCCCCUCACGAUCGUGACCCAUGGCACACGUUUGAAGGAAAUUCCAGUCGUUAUCAAAUUCAAAUUGACCGUGGACAAUUUGCAGCCAGGUCAGAAGAUUAAUGCUGUAUCAUCCGAUUUCCAAUAUGGAGGAGGAGAAGAAUGA